CCCACAUAUAAAAAAGUAUAAGGCUCAAUAUGCUUUUUAAAAUUACACAGCCGCCCUCCCCACCCCAGCCCCACUUGUCUGACCCCUUGAGCUCAGAUUUCAAGGUCAGUGUUUUAAGGAGCUUGAAGCCAAAUUAUUAGUGCUACAUAAGGUUGGAAGAACUGGGUACUGGUUGGGAAGGAAGGGCUGAUUGCACCAGUGGUCAUGGCUUGUCUCUUUAUCUACCCCAUCAUGGGAUCGAAAAAUGUGGUUAGGAAGUGGUUGUUAACCAGAGGGCAGAGGGAAAGUUUCCAGCCCCACUGAAGACGGGUGCUGGUGGGGCUCUGAGUGAGUUCACAGAUGCACUUCCUCUGCCCAGUUAUUUUUGGUUUCUGUGACCUGUAGGUUUCCUGUUAGUGGGAACAGAAGGGACAGGAACAAGUUCCCAUUACAGAAAUAUAUACCAGGAAUCGAACAGCCCAUUCUCCUCUUUCCUUGGCCUCUGAACCCUCUCCAGGAUCCAGGCAUCUAGAUUUAACCUUAUCUCAUAAUCGCUCUACGCCCCCCACCCCCGCUCCCGCCCCGCGUUUCAACUCCUGGACCCUUCAUUAAAUAUGUUUUCCUCUCCUGAACCAGUUUAUCCACCACCAACCCUCACGGACUCCUUAUGUGCGCAUCUCUGUGCAGAAGUCCGGUUAAAUUAGCCCGCUAGGUGGACAGGAGACCGAAGCUGCUGCAGGGCACGCUCCUGGGUCACGUGGGGCCCAACUAUUUGGCCUCCGAAAGCCCCUCUUCACGCGUGCGCCCCAUUCAUUGCCCAGUACAGGACAGGUUCUAAACUCCGCCCCGUCCCUCUGGCUCCGCCCCCUGCUGAGGAGUUCCGCGUCCUUAUUGGUGAGCUUCGACGCAGACCCUGGCUGGCCAGGUGCUAACACUUUCAAUGAGAAGAUAGAUAACCCACCUGGAGACGGGUGCACCUCAGGGGUGGGGCCCAGUUCAGCCACCUCCCCCGUCUGUCCCGCCCAGGCCUCGACUCCAGACUUGAAGCCGGCGGAGCCACGCCCCCCGGCGCUGAACGUGGGGGCCAGCGCGGGCCUAGUCUCCCCAUUAUAAUCGCCCCCACUAGCGGAGAGCGCAGGCGUCUCACGCAGCCUCUGCAGCUUUCAAGACCUCGUUGGUACUUUCCUCUCUGCCACCUCGCCUCUCCGGCGCGGCCCCAAGGUGUCCGGCUGGGUGGGUGGGCGGGCAGAGGUGGAACGAUCCGCUCCGCUCCCGAAGGGGCUUAAAGAGGCAGCCCUGGUACCACCAAGAUGGCAUAUAGGGCCGAGCCCCCCGACGGGGGCUGGGGAUGGAUGGUGGUGCUCUCAGCGUUCUUCCAGUCGGCGCUGGUGUUCGGGGUGCUCCGUUCCUUCGGCGUCUUCUUUGUGGAAUUUGUGGCGGCGUUUGAAGAACCGGCCGCACGAGUCUCCUGGAUCGCCUCCAUAGGAAUCGCGGUGCAGCAGUUCGGAAGCCCAGUGGGCAGUGCGCUGAGCACGAAGUUCGGUCCCAGGCCUGUUGUGAUGACAGGGGGUAUCCUGGCUGCGCUGGGGAUGCUACUCGCCUCCUUUGCUACCUCCUUGACCCACCUGUACCUGAGUAUUGGGUUGCUCUCAGGAUCUGGCUGGGCCUUGACCUUCACUCCAACCCUGGCCUGCCUCUCUCGUUACUUCUCUCGCCGGCGAUCCCUGGCCACCGGGCUGGCCCUGACGGGCGUGGGCCUCUCCUCCUUUGCUUUUGCCCCUCUCUUCCAAUGGCUGCUCAACCACUAUGCCUGGCGGGGGGCCCUACUUCUGGUGUCUGCCCUCUCCCUUCACUUGGUGGCCUGUGGUGCUCUUCUCCGUCCACUCUCCCUGGCUGAGGACCCUGUCGUGGGUGGCCCUGGGGCCCAAAUCACCUCUCUCCUGCGUCACGGCCCCUUCCUCCGUUACACCGUUGCCCUCACCCUGAUCAACACUGGUUACUUCAUUCCUUACGUGCACCUGGUGGCCCAUCUUCGGGACCUGGGUUGGGACCCACUGCCCGCUGCUUUCCUCCUCUCGGUGGCGGCUAUUUCUGACCUCGUGGGGCGUGUGGCUUCUGGGUGGCUAGGCGAUGCUGUCCCAGGGCCUGUGGCAAGACUCCUGAUGCUCUGGACCACCCUGACUGGGGUGAUACUGGCCCUGUACCCUGUGGCUGAGGCACCCACUGGCUUGGUAGCCCUGACUGUGGCCUAUGGCUUCACAUCAGGGGCCCUGACCCCAGUGGCCUUCUCCGUGCUGCCUGAACUGGUGGGGACUGGAAAGAUAUACUGUGGCCUGGGACUGGUACAGAUGGUAGAAAGCAUCGGGGGGCUGCUGGGGGCUCCUCUGUCAGGCUACCUCCGGGAUGUGACAGGCAACUACACAGCUUCUUUUGUGGUAGCUGGGACCUUCCUUCUGGCAGGAAGUGGAGUUCUCAUCACUUUGCCCCACUUCUUCUGCUUCUCAGCUCCUACCUCCAGGCCCCAGGACCAUGUAACAGAGGCACUGGAUACCAAAGUCCCCCUGCCUGAGGAGGGGCUGGGAGAGGAUUGAACUCCAAGAAGGGGCAGACAGACCCACAAAACAAGCGGUUUUCUGCCCCAUCUUGGCACCCACAGAACCACAAUGCCUUAAGCAUCCUGAUCUGCCCCCCUCCCCACCCUGCCCCUCAGAGCAGGCCUGGGGCUCCUGCAAUGUGUGUGCCAACCCUUUGUAUUUUCUCGAGGAUUCUUGUCUCUUGUUUGCUCCCACAACCUUUUCAGAAGGAUCCAGUUCAGCCUGCUCCACUGAGCUGUGAACCAACUGUGGAAAAUCAAAGGCCAAGAUACCUAUCAUAGUUUUUUUUACAUGUGAUCUCUAGUGUUGCCCUCCUUGGAAAAGAUCUGUCUUUGGGAUAAAACUGAAUAAGAAAACUGGACAAAAUUCAGAAACUCAGAAAGUGCUUGGGCCCAUAAGCCUGAGUGGGCUGAAUGGGGUCACACCAGGGAAUGGAGGGGAGGUAUCCAGGACCUCUGGUGACCCAGAGCAUUUAACCCUGGACUCUGCUCUCUGGACCACAGUUCCUCCCACUUGCCCACUGACCUCCCUCUUUCCUACUCUCCCCUGUAAAUUAGAAAUUAAGAAAAUGGUGUGAGAUGUGGGAGAGGGGUGCUAGUUUGGAAAGGAGAGAUAUAGCUAAGAG